AUGUCAUCAGACUACACCUAUGAUGAACAGGGACAAUUCUUCCCCUUCUUCAUCUUGACCUUGAGCGGCUUGGUCACUCUUCCACUCACCUACAACCUCCUCCGCCCAAGCAAAGGUGAGACUCUGCAGAUCACCUCGGUCCUGGACAUUGGACGCGUCUUGUACCAGAAUACUGACUUGAGGACUCUCAAAGAGUUGGAAAACACUGCCCCUCGUAUCAUAUCCGACUUUAAACCCCAGCAUGCGGACCUCGUCGAGGCGCAGAAGCGCAAGCGACUGCGCAAGGAGCGCCGCAUCAAGCGCAUCGUCACAGUAAUCAUCGGCUACAUUGUCAUGGCAUGGAUGGUGUAUUUGAUCAUGGUGACCGCUCGAUCGGUCGCUAAAGUAUAUGAUCCAUAUGAAAUUUUGGGCGUCUCACGGAGUGCUGAUGAAAAAGCUAUUUCCCGACACUUCAAGCGUCUCUCGCUCAUUUAUCACCCCGACAAAAUUCGCCCCGACCCCGCCAAGAAUGAAACCAUGGACACGCUCAACCAGCGCUUCGUGGAGCUUACCAAGGCGUACAAGGCGUUGACCGACGAGGAAAUCCGCAACAACUACCUUCAAUAUGGUCACCCCGACGGAAAGCAGAGUUUCAGCAUCGGUAUUGCGCUCCCCAAGCUCAUUGUGAUGGAGGGCAAUGGAAAGUACGUUCUUCUGGUUUACGGUGCCCUGCUGGGUGUUCUAUUGCCUUAUAUUGUCGGCAAGUGGUGGUAUGGCUCGCAGCGGUACACCAAGGAGCGGGUUCUUGUUGCCAGCGCUGGCAACAUCUUCCGCGAAUACAAGGAAGAUAUCACGGAUGGUGGCAUCAUCAAUGCGCUGUCCUCGGGGGAGGAAUUCAACGAGAUGCUCAAGGGUGCUCGUGCUGAAUCAGGCCUCGCAAAACUGGAGAAGAGAGUUCUGGCUGAGGAAUCAACUUUUCUUUCUGCCAAGGACCGCGAGACUCUUAAGCAAAUGGACAACUCGUCCCGUCGGAAGGCCCUGGCUUUGCUCUGGGCUUAUCUGGGUCGCAUUGAUCUGGGCGAUGAGACACUUGACUCUGAGAAAUAUGAAGUUGCCCCGAUGGCCCUAUCUCUGGAAGAAGCGUUCAAUUCGAUCUCUUUGGCAUUUGGUAACCUCCGACCGAUUAUCGGUGCAUUCCAAACUUCUCAAAAUUUGAUCCAGGCUGUGGCCCCCGGUUCUUCGCCACUUUUGCAGCUACCUAACUUCACUGAGGCUGUCGUCAAGUCUGUGGAGGGCGAACAUGCCAAGGAGCACUUCAGCGUGCAGAAGUUCAUGAAAAUGACCGAAGAGGAACGCCGCAAGCUUACAGUGGGUGCCGGUCUUCUGUCUGAAAAGCAAUACACCGACGCCGUCUCGGUGGCACGGCAAUUGCCUGCCUUGGAAGUUUCUAAGGCGUUCUUUAAGGUCAUGGGCGAGAAGGUCAUCACCCCAAGCAGUCUGGUACAACUGGUCGUGAAGGCACGGUUCAUCCCUCCUGGAUGCACCGAAGCGCCGGCUGUGAACGAGCUGGACCUGGAGGACAUCGACCCAGAUGAGGAAGAUCUAGAUGCUCUGAUGGGCCGCAAGCCGGCGAAGAACCGCGCAACCAAGCUCGUCGACGGCAAGAAGGUUGAGACCAAGGUCGAGACUGUCCAGCCACCGCUCGCGCACGCUCCCUACUUCGCCCGUGAUCACUCCCCGCGCUGGCACAUUUUCCUGGCCGACGCCAAGCAGGGCAAGAUGGCCGUACCGCCGUUCACCUUCACCACCUUCGAUAAGCCGAUCCUCGACGAGGCCGGCAAGCCUACAUUCAAUGUGCAAACGCUUAAGAUGCAGUUCCAAGCACCUCCCCAGGUCGGCGACUUCACUUUCGUCAUGCACAUGGUUUGCGAUAGCUACUUGGGCCUGGACACUAAGAUGGAAAUCACCUUGCACAUCGACGAUCCUGCCAAGGCGGCCGCACUGGAGGAGGACGACGAUAUCAGCGAACCGGAUGAGGACUCCAUCGCCGGCCAGAUGCACGCGCUCAAAACUGGCCAACCGCCAAAGAAGACGCGGAAGGCAUCCGAGGACUCUAGUGAUGAGAGUGACACUGAUGGCGACGUAGGCGAUACCAGCGACACCAACACAGAGACGGAGGAUGAGGAUUGA